GAACAAGGCAAAUGCAUACGUGUGGAAUAUUAAAUCACUCAGGUGGAGAUGAGCGAAAGGUUGGUUUUUGGAAAUAACGUCGUGAAAAUUAAGAACUUGCCACAAGAACGUGAACCAUUAUCCUGACACAAAAAUGGAAGGUGUGACCGAAACAAAUACUAAAAACGAAGCAAACUAUACCGAAAUCCUCGGUCAAGGAGCAUUUGGAAUCGUUCUAAAGUCCACUGAUACAUUCGGAAACCCUGUCGCAGUCAAGUACGUAUUUCCGGACAGACAUUCACCCGAUGCGGACAAACUUGACCGUGAAUUCACUCUGAUGAAGGAUUUGGAAGGGCAUCCGAACAUUGUUCAAAUAAUCAACCUAGCCGAGAGACAGUACUGUGCAGAUAUUAACGGCAUUUUCAAAAAGCUUCCAGCAACAGAAGAAAAUAGCCGAGAAAAAGCCAAGCUCGAAGAAAAACUUGACAAUUUUCGAUCCUCGAUCCGGCUUGUAAUGGAGCUAUGUGGUGAAACCCUACGAACAUGGUUGGACAACGAGCUCGCGGACGACCGUAAAGUAGGCGAAGACAUAACUGUGACACAUAUUUCCACUGAAAUUCAUACCCAAGUCCGUCAGAUGACAAUCGUUCAAAAUUUACUGAGCGGCCUGAGUUACCUGCAUAGUCAUAAAAUCAUGCACCGGGACUUGAAGCCAGCAAAUAUUUUAUUUUCUCGAUCAGGAUUCAAACUUCCAGUAAAAAUUGGUGAUUUUGGACAUUGUCGUUUAAUCCAUUCCGAAGAAAGUUACACGGGGUCGCUCACAAAUUAUGUCGGAACUCCAACCUACAUGGCGCCAGAAAUCAGGGAUGGGGAUUACAGUUACCAGGCAGAUUUCUAUUCUUUAGGCCUUGUAAUCUGGGAGGUAGUGCAGCUAAUUAGAACAGCUCAUAGAAAGUUCUUAUUUGAGAAAUUGGUCUAUGAUAAAAAAACGGACUUGGUUGUAGACCAUCCCGUUAUGCCUGGCAUUAGAAAUAUCAUUAUUGGAAUGACGAGAAGAAAGCCGGAAAAAAGGAUAGAGAAAAUGGACCUCGAUUUCUCCAGAUGGGAUGACAUUGUCCAGCAGGGUAUUGACGCUAACGGGUGUAGGGCUAUUUGGAACACUAUUUCAAACUCAGGGGCAGAAUAUGUCGUUGAAAACAGUGAAGGACUGAAGUUAGCAAUGGAUAACAUUAGUAAGGGCGGAAUUAUUUACAUGAAAGCUGGAGUGUACGUUGGAGAAUUUGUCCUGCGAGGAAACGAAGUAACUAUUUCCGGUGUGCGUGUUGGGCUAACAAUUAUAAAAUGUCUUGAGAAAGAUGGAACGUUCAUUCGACGGACAGGGGUUGCGUUUAUGAUGCACGUCGGUGGUUUCGGUUGCGGAUUGAAGGUGAUCGGGUCAAGAAAUACGGUCACAAAUAUUGAAUUUCACGGAGGAGAUAAAAACGUAGAUAUCAUUGGUGACGCUAAUGUAUUUGAAAACUUGACGCUGUCUUCGGCAUUUGGCGUUGGUGGAAUUUGGAUACAGGGAUCUAAUAACACAAUUAGUGAGGUUGAACUGCGUAACAUUCGUACCGGGAUUUGCCUACUUCCUAACUCUGACCAUAACAAAAUUUCAAACGUUACUGGAACAAAUAUUCAGGAAGGAGUAAGAAUUCAUGGUUCAUUUAACAGACUCUCAAAUAUUAACCUUAGAAUUGACUGCGAGUUAGGCUACGCUUUAAAGGGAGUGUAUCUUUCUACCGGAUCUAAUAACACCAUCAAUGGGGUGGAAUGCUCUGGGUAUCGACGACAACAAGAUCACUGGGGUGUGGUGAUAAACUCUCCGAAUACAACGGUGGAAAACUGCCGGUGCGGUCCUCUCCUGGUGGACGAAGGCGGAAACAAUGCAACCAUUGUUAAUGUCCACUGUGGAGAGUUGUUCCAAGUUCAUAACACAGUUAAAGAAAACAUCAAUCUAACAAACUGCACUACAACACUACGGGAAAAGUUUACUGUAACCAUCGUUAAGGACGAGAUGACAGUAACCAAACCACACAACGAUCCAACGAAGGAGCCAGAAACGUAUCAAGUUUAUUUACAUACUGCAGCUGAAGGCUAUUGAAAAAGUUGGUAUAGCUUUUCGUUAUUUGGUCGCCAAAUAACUGUUGAAUGUACACUUCAAAAAUUUCAAGAACGUGCAGAAAGCUUGCAGUUUAUUUCAAGGUUUCUUUUAAAUUUUCUUUUACGUUUCUUUUGAAUUUCGUCUGAUGACCAUAAUUCGAAUUUUAAAUUUGUUAAUGUUAUACAUGCUGAAUUUAUUUAUAUUACAUUUUCACUUAAAAUACAUACAGCUUAAGCAAACAGUUUAUGAAGAGCUAAAACAAUUUAUCCAUUAUGGUUAAGGAUGGAAUCCGUAUCUCACGAAUGAAAUAUUUUUUGUCUCCAAUAUAUCCUGAAAGACCGAGGGUGCGUCCGCUUUUAGACUUGACUUCUUCCCAGCUUUGGUUGGUAGCGGCAAUCCCUGAUGACACGGUCCGCUAUCUUGCCCUGCGGGACAAACAUGGCUCAACGCCCUUCCAUUAGCCCAACUUGGGACCCCGCUAUCCAACGAAUCAGCUCGGAUCGAAAUUUCCCUCCGCUUGGGAGGCGAUGUGUAUCAACCAAACCAAAGUCCUUGCGGAGCACAAGUAACUGCGCGCGGCUCCCAUGGCGUUUCUGGCAGGCAUGGUGCGGGUCGAUGGGGUCGCCAUGAGGCCGAUAACAACGCUAUUGCAAGGGAGCUCCGCUUGGCUAAAGUUCCUUGCAUCAGGGACGCUGCGGGAUGCCGACAGAAUGGCGCUUAUCCCGUGGUAAAGGGGGGAAAUCAUUGGUUUGGGAUUUUGCAUCCGUGGUCAGUUUUGCAACCAGCUAUCUUCCCGACAAGGCACCGCAUCCAGCAAGGCGAAAGAUGGCAAGAUGACGAAGUAUGCCCUCCUCUUGGACCGUUUUAUUUUUUUCCCGUCACAAUGGAAACGACGGAGCGUGGGGACAGUGGGAGAUUUCCCUCAUCACCGAAAUUGUUGAGAGGAUUGCCGCCAAAACCGGAUAGCCUAAUGCUGUAACCCUUCUUGUCAACGAGUCUCCCAUCCCUCUCAGCGAGGAAAUGUAGCUUCAAUUCUUGACACUCUCCUGACCGAAGAGUUGAAGCAGGUGCACUAUUUUUAAUUAAUUUUGACUUUUUCAGAAUUCCUUGUUUUUUUUAGAUUACUUAUUAUAUAUAUGAUUUUUUCUUUAAGGUUAGGGAUUUUUUAAUGUUCGACUCCUUUGUAGUCAGCUCUUCCAACGUGUAAUUAUGUGGAAAAUUGAGCAUUCAUUGUACCAUGCAUAAGUCAGUUCUAAUAAAUUUUAUGCAAUUCUGAAAAAUA